AUGAAGAGAAGACAGUCAGAGACCAAUGGGGAGUCUAAACGGACGCGGUUUGAUACCCGACCCGACCCGACGUUGUAUCUGGACACCAUCAACAGAAACGUGCUGGACUUUGAUUACGAAAAGGUGUGUUCCGUGUCCCUUUCUGAUACCAACAUCUAUGGAUGUCUUGUGUGCAACAAGUACUUCAGGGGCCGGUCGAUGGACUCGGAGUGCUUCCUGCACUCGAUCAACGAGGACCACCACGUAUUUGUGAGCUUCGACACACUGAACUUCUACAUUUUGCCCGAAAACUACCAGUUAGACGAACAAACAGCUAGUUCACUAAAAGACAUACGAACCCUGAUCAAUCCGACAUACACCGACCUUGUUGCUGUAUAUCAGGACGCAACACCAAAAUAUGAUCUUAAUGGACGAAAGUACAUUCCCGGGUUUGUUGGCCUGAACAAUUUUGGUGUCAACGACUAUGCCAACGUGAUUCUUCAAUGUUUGGCCCAUGUCGAGCCAUUGAGAGACUUCCUGUUACUGAAUCCAUCCAAACUGCACAAGACCAACCUUGCAGCCAAACUGUCACUGCUUGUGCGCAAGAUGUACUCGCCAAACUUGUUCAAGGCCCACAUAUCCUCGCACGAACUAAUACAGUACAUUUCAACAUUGACCAACAAGAAGUUCUCUUUGAACCACCAAAGUGAGCCGCGGGACUUUCUGGUGUGGCUACUAAAUGCUCUCGACAAGGAACUCACCACAGAACUGCAAACUCCGCUCAUGUCGUCGAUAUUCCAAGGAAAACUUAGGACACAGGCAGGCAAGUCAAAGUUCUGGAUGAUCACCUUGAAAUUGCCACCAGUUACGCUCUUCAAAGACGGCGCGCGUCUGGAAGUGCCACAGAUCGCAUUGGAAGACCUCAUCAAGGGUACAAACUACAACAUCAUCAAAUAUCCUCAGAUUCUUACGCUCUACAUCCACCGAAGAGACGACUCAAAAAAGAUCGCUGGAGUCCACGGCUCGAACAUUAACCCAACAAUUGUCAAGUUCAACCCGUCACAACUGGUCGUCGGCGGCCAGAAAUACGAACUGCUCGCCAACAUCGUCUUUACAGCAGGUAAAGACGAAAAUUAUAGCAUGGACGAGUCCGACCAAACACACUAUAAAGUGCAAAUCCGGGACAGUCUUCGAGACCAAUGGCUCGAGAUGAACGACCUAAAAGUGGAACCGAUCGAGAAAGACCUGCUUUUUCUGAACCAAACGUACUUGCAAGUAUGGGGGAAAAUGCAUUAA